AUGCUGUUCGACGCCCAGCUACUUCAGAAGAUCGUCGGAUCCAACGUGCUGAAGGCAAGACCUGAUCAGGUGAUCUGCGCCACGUUCCUCAGCUUCAAGCGAGACGAAAAAAGCAUUGUUCGAAGCUCGACCUCGGUUUGUCCACACUAUGCAAGCGACACCACUGAAGAGUAAGUUGUUCGGUUUGGUCUCAAUUUGAAUUACCAAUGACUUUACCAAGUUGGGACUGAUCUGCUCAGAAAAAAAUGUUGAAUUUGCCUGAUUUUUGACACAGAAUGCCAAUGUUUUGCGAGGGCGUUUUGUGGUUCUUUAUUAGGCUGAACCAAAAGUAGCGGGACACUUUUUAGUUAAAAAAAAAGAAAUCAAAAGGUUCUUGCUACUCUUGGUUCAACCUAAUAAUUACCGUAACGUAUUUUAUUUUUAUUUUCAUUUUCAUUUUCAUUUCCAUUUUUAUUUUUAUUUUCAUCUUCAUUUUCAUUUUCAUUUUCAUUUCCAUUUCCAUUUUCAUUUUUAUUUUCAUUUUCAUUUUCAUUUCAUUUUUAGCAAUUUUACCCUUCGCGAUAAUGGCGUCAUUAACCUGACUUACGUCUUCUCUCUGAAGAACAUCAACAAUCUCUAUGUCUACGGAAAUAAAAGCAAUGGGUAAGUGUUUUAUCAUUAAGACACAAAAAAAAUUGGCACAGGUAGCCCAUCCCGGUUUUUGCGAAAAAUUUUAUUCAAAAACUUAUAUUUGGUAAUUUUAUUCAAAAAUCCACAGGGGGGACCACGUUCAACUUUUUAAAAUUUUUUUUCGAAAUUAAUUUCGAAAAUUUUUAAUUUUGAAAAAUUUAAAUUUUAGACAUGUAGUGGUGGACUUGAAUGGAAGUAAGCCACUUUACAGAAGUUAUAGUCUUGAAACGAAGUUUUGGAUGGUUGGAGAUGCACUUUUGACUCAAACAAGGGGUAUUGAUGUCAAGUUCUAUUAUGGAGAAGUUGGGGAUGUUAUUGAAAAAAUGAAUUUUUUCAAUGAAGAAGUCCUCGGAAGUGUUGACAAUGGCGAUCUUUGGUUUCCUAAUGGCACGUGCCUGAAGUUCGAACGCGACGAAGGCAACAAGACAAUAAUUCCGUCGGAUUGCUCAAGUCCAAAUAAACUGAUGUUGUCGUUUGUAUGUUACUUUUAAUGUUCUUUUUAAGUAAUUUUUAACCUUAUAACUAAAGUUUAGGCUUAAAGACCAAGGUUAGUGAAUAGGCAUUUUUUUGAAGUACUAGGCCAACUUUGUGAACAAAUCUUGAAAUUAUUUUAUUUUUUGGCGCUAGGACAAAUGUUGUUUUUGGACACUUGCGAAUUUAAAAAAAAAUUUUUUUUAAAUUUUUUAGUUAGUUUAGUUGGUAGUAUGGUACUAAAUGUACUAAAGUUAAAAUUGGUACGGCUUUAACAUAACAGUACCAUUUUUGGCUUUUAGUAACAUUUAGUACCAAAAAAUAUUAAAACGGUACCAAUUUAAAAUUUAAUACUAUUUAGUACCAAAAAAUAUUAAAACAGUACCAAUUUGAACUUUAGUACCAUUUAAUACCAAAAAAUAUAAAAAUAGUACAAAUUUAAAAUUUAGUACUAUGUAGUACCAAAAAGUUUUAAAUUAGUACCAAUUUAAACUUUGGUACUAUUUAGUACCAAAAAGUAUUAAAUUAGUACUAAUUUAAACUUUGGUACUAUUUAGUACCAAAAAGUAUAAAAACAGUACCAAUUUAAAAUUUAGUACUAUUUAGCACUAUCAAUUUAAAAAUUUUAAAAUUUGUCUUUCAGGCUGCAUUGAAAGCACAAAACGCUACUUUGGAUGACGAUGAAGCCACUGUGAACAACUUUGCCAUCGUGUUCUACGAGUAGGUGGUUUGUUAUCAGUUUAUGUGAUUAAAAGGACAAAACUGUCAUAAUUUUUAAACUGAUUUAUUCAAGUUUUUUUUGAAUUUGGCGGUAGAUUUUUUAAAUUUUGAAUUUUUUAAAAUUAGUACAUAUAUAUGUUUAGGCAAGCCCCCGCGACCACCACCACCACUACUACUCGUAUGACUACUGAACCAACCACUACACUCAUUGUCACUGAUGUCGAUGUCAGCCUACCAGAAGAGUCAUCGUGAGUUCUUUUGUGAAAGUUUUGACAUUAUCCCUUUAGGGUCUGUAGCUAAUUUUUGUUCAAAAACAUUUGCUCUAGUGGUUGGUUACUGUAAAACAUGUUUAACUUGUUUUAGUUUUACAGUAAAGGAGGGGCUUAAUUGAUGUUCGAAAACAUGUAUCCUAGUGGUUGGAUACUAGAGUAAAACAUGCUUAAUUUGAUAUGACCUAUUUAUGUCACUUUUUUUAGGUUAGCACCAACCCCUAUUGAAACUGAACAAGUAACCAAUGACUCAUCGGGAGCUUCGCUUUGGUUGAAGUAAGUUUUGGUUUUGUAUUAGGUUUUUCACAUAAUUCAGCGCCCCCGUACCCCACAAAUUAAUUUUAAGCAGGGGCGCAGAAUUAAGUGAACAACACAAUAUUAUGUUUGAAACGGUACCAUUUGUACUAUUUUGAAAAGAAUUUAUUAUGGUUAAGGUUUGAAGUUUAUAAGAUUUGUUAUUACCUUUACUGUCUUAGGCUUAGAAGGGUAUAUUGUAGUAGGCUAAUUACUGUUUUUUAACUGCUACGUAUUUUAAAUUCCUUUUGCAUGGUUUUUACUGGUUGUGUAGUAUAAUACCGACGGUAAUUUAUGUGUUUCAGUGAUGGUUUCGGACUCGGUGGUGCCUUGUUGCUUGCAAUCGUGGUUGCCACAGUCGCUCCUGUCUUUUGUCCAAAGAAAGAGAAGGCUGAUCCAGUGAACAGCUCUAAGUCUCGUAAAACCCCAAAGAAAUCUCGUCUAGCUUCUUCAGCAGCGCGCAACAACAGUCGGCAACCCGGUUAUAAUCCUCUUCUUGGACAAGAUUAA